AGCAGGCUCCUGCUCUGGGGCUGCUCCUCGCCCCGCAGCAGGACAGGGGCUUGUGGUUCCCUGGCUGCUGGAGCCCUGCCCCGGGCACCUCCUCUCCUCCUCUGAGCGCCUUUGGGUGUUCUCUGCUGGGGAGUGUUCUGCCCGCCCGCCUGCUCGCUGUGUCACAUUUCCUCGUCCCUCUGGGGACCCUUUGGCUGAACCUCCCUCCUCUGGUUAUUCCAGAACUGAAUAUUCCAGAGGUUAUUCCAGAACUGAAUAUUCCAGAACUCCACCACAGGCUGGAGCCAUCCGAGCGCGGCAGCGCAGGGUCCCCGCUGUGACCACCGCUCUCCCGCAGGCUCCUGGAGCUGCAGGAUGACUCUUAACGGCGUCUACCCCUUCUAUCCUCAGCCGAGGAAGGCUGCUGUGUUCGACAUCAGCACCGUGGUGGUGAUCGCUGUCUUCUUGACGCUGGCCUUCAGCUUCCUCCUCAUCAUCGCGGGCAUCCGCGGGCGGGCGAGGCUCUACUGGACUCUCCGUGUCCUCCUCAGCCUCUCCGUGGGAGCAAUGAUUGUGGCUGUCCAGUUCACCAGGGACUGGGAGACUGGCUGGGUGCAGGCAAACACCUCCUACAAGUCCUUCAGCGCUGCCCAGGUGAACGCGGACAUCGGGCUGCACAUCGGCCUGGCAGGGGUGAACGUCACACUCAGGGGAAACCCAGUGAAGCAGAUCAACGAGACCAUCGACUACAACGAGCACUUUCCCUGGAACUUUGGAGCGGAUUAUGAGCACAGCUACAGCGAGGGGCUGGAGAAGGGGUUGCCCAGCCCCAUCCUCUACGUGGCAGAGAAGUUCAGCAGGCAGAGCCCCUGUGCUGUGCACAGGCAGUACCGCACCGCCGGCCACUACGCCUCAGCCGUGCUCUGGGUAGCCUUUUGCACGUGGAUCAUCUCCAACAUCCUCCUCUCCAUGCCUGUCCUGGUUUAUGGAGGAUACAUGCUCCUGGUCACAGGGGCCUUCACCACCUUCUCACUGCUCUCGUUUUCCACCGUGAGGAGCUCCCCCAUGUGCCUGAUCAAGAUUGGGAGCAGGACCCUGCACGUGGCCUAUGGGGGAUCCUUCUGGCUCGUGCUGGCAAUUGGCCUGCUCUGUUUCGUGGUUGGGACCACCAUUGUGGCAAUGCACCACCUCAAUCUGGACCUGCUGAAAACUUUCUUUGAUCUUCAUGAGGACAAAGCAGAGGAGUACCAGGAAAUGCCUGAGGUGUUCAUCAACCCUCAUUUUGUGAACAAGGGCCUGUUUCCUUCCCAGCCCUCUGAAAUCAACAGCAUCUAGAGGAAAGUCCUCAUUCUUUCCCUGAAGAUCAACCCAAAAGGGCAAAACAAAUUCUUCAUGAUGUCCCCAGAGAUGCAUUUCCCCAUCCAACAGCCCCACACUGGGAUAGGUCCUUGCUGGGAAGUGUACCUUCACAGACUGUCCCUCUGCCCUCUGGAAGGGGCAGGCUGUGCUGGCAGCUCACAGCUCACAGCUCACAGCUCCAGAGGCUUGAGCUGCACACCCCCCUGGGGAUCCUCAUCCCAGGAGGAAUCCCUUCCUGCUCCAUGCCCUGCCACACUGCAGUGCAGGCAUUCUCCAAUGCUCUGCUCCUGCUGGGACUGAGAAUCACCUCAUGGGUGACAUUUCACCCUGGGAGUACCUGCCACUCCAAAAACCUGGGAUUAAAUCUGCUCCUUUCUUUCCCAAACAUGACAUUUUGUGGUUUAGGUGUAUCCUGGAAAGCCAGGCAUAGAUCCAGCUUCUGCAGGCUGGAUGCUGCAGGAGCUGGAAUAAAAAAUCUGCUCCAGAAACAAAGGCUGAGUAAAUGCACCAGAUUGCUGUGGGGGAUGUGGUGAUUUGAUUCUUUUCCCCUUCAAAUUUGGCUUUGAUUAGGCAAAACUUGUAGCCUUGUGUGAACUGAAAAGAUGCCAUAGGGAAGGAAAGGGAGUGAAGGAUGAAUUUAUCCCUGUCCAGCUGGGGCACACUGCAGCAGGGAGGGGUGGGAUCUGUCCCUCUGCCUCACUCAGGUGAGACCCCACCUGCAGAGCUGCCU